AUGAUAAAGGACGAAAAGCAACGAAAAAAUGAAGACAAAAAUGAACAUGAAGGUGAAGAUAAAGACGAACAUGAAGAUGAAGGUGAAGAUGAAUUAUCAUCGAAUGUACAUUAUAGAUUAUCGUCUCAUCAAUCCAAUUUUCAUCAUACAUUAUCAUUGAAUUCAAUAAAUUGUCAUGCUACAUCACCAAUGUAUCCGAUGAUAUAUUAUAAUCCAUUAUCAUCAAGUGAACAAAACUAUGGUACUAAUUGCUUGUCUUAUCCAACAAUGUAUUAUAAUCCAUCAUCAAAUCAAGCAAAUUUUAAUGCUACAUCGUCAUUUUCUCCACCGAUGUAUUACAAUUCAUUAUAUUCAAAUCAAGCUAAUUUAGGUACUACAUCAUCAUUAUGUCCAACAACAUUUUCCAAACCAACAUCAUCACAUCAAAUAAAUUCUGGUGCUGCAUCAUUAUCAUGUUCAACAACGUUUCAUAAUCAAUUAUCAAAUCACAUAAAUUCUAAUGUUACAUCACAAUUACGUCCAACAAUACUCUCGAAUUCAUCAUCAUUAAAUAUGGCAAAUCCAAAUGAAGAAGCAUCAUCAAAUCCUGCAGAAAGAUCUUCAUAUACAAUGUCAACACCUAUGGUCGAAAAUACCAACAUAUGGAAUACAUAUGAAAACGAAGACAAUUAA